CUCCUCGAAGUGGGGAGAUGCAGACCGUUUAACUUUCCACUGGACCGUCAAUGGCAUUCUGAAUGGGUGUCCACCAUGGCUCGAACAUCGCUGCUACUGGUGCUUAUUAAAUUGCAUCGAUAACCAGUGCUGGAUCAGCUCAUACUGACGGCGAUAAUGUAGAUACUAGCCCACAGUGAUCCAUCGGAUUCCGCCUGCUAAUCCCGCUCCUCCCAUUCCCAUUUGUCCCUUUAGUUAUUAGCUAGUGGACGUUAUCUCCCCCGUCAGCCUCCCUUUGACUGGUCUGGCACCCACUACCAGCUACUUUGUAGACUCGCCCCCGUCGCGUGCUUGCUGCUUGGCCCUUCUUAAGCUCCGCCGAUCCCACCUCCCCCAGUUCUAGAUCUUUGCACCCCUCAAGUUCGUCCUCUACUCUGUCUUCUUGCUUUACCAUGGCCACAGAAAUCGAGCCGGCCGAGAUCCCUCCCGUGCUGGGAGUCCUCCCAGCAUACGGACAGGAUAAAGAAACCCCCCUGAGGAUGGUGCCACGUGCCGAUGGUGUUCGCGCUCGGUUAGAUCCGAACGUCACCCUCGAGGAGUACAUGUACUGGGCCAAGAUCGAGCGUCAGCUGGAAGAGGAAGAGAAUAACCAGUACGUGCUAGAGCGUGGGCCUCUGACCGUCGGCAAGGUCAUCAAGAACCGUUUCUCCAAGGGCAACCACAAUGUGAGUGAGAAGAGUGGCGCCCAGAAUAGCCCGCAGGUCGAAGGUGAAAAGGGCAUGGUCGCUUCCACUCCCUCGGACUCGUCCUUGGUUGUCACCGAUGAGGAAUGGAGAACCGCAGCUCGCGCCCUCCGAACGGCCACUUGGGGGACCAUCUUCUACUUGAUCACUACCGAUGUGCUUGGUUGGGCAAACGCACCAUUCGUCUUUGCUAGCGUGGGAUACGGUCCUGCUGUGGCUUUGUACAUUGUUUUCGGUUGCUUCGCCGGCUUCAGUGGCUGGAUUCUGUGGAAGGUGUUUUUGGAACUUGACUCGACACGCUACCCUUUGAUCAACUUCGGUGACACCUACUAUCGUGUUUUCGGAGCUUGGGCCCGCCAUGCCGUAAACGUCGGACAGUCAUUGCAGCUGCUGAUGUCGGUGUCCGUGCUGGUUUUGGGUAACGGCCAGAUCCUGUCGCAGCUGGCCAACAACAGUAUUUGCUUUGUGGCGUGCAUGAUUAUCAUGAUGGCCAUCGGCAUGGUCUGUGGAAGCAUUCGGUCCUUGCAGCAUCUCGGAUGGCUGACCAACGCCGCCGUCUGGUUGAACAUCACGGAUUUCAUCAUGAUCAUGGUCGCGGCUGGUGGCCACUAUGGAAUCGACUAUCAGGCCGUCAGGAAUUCCUCCUUGAUCAAAGCCAUAGAGCCUGUCAAGGUCUUUGCUGGCCCUCCACCCGACCAGUACCAAAUCCAGGCCACUGGGUUUUCGGGACAGUUCACUGGUGUCGAUCAGAUGGUUUACAGUUAUGGUGGCGCCAUUUUGUUCAUCUCCUUCCUGGCUGAGAUGCGCCGCCCGUGGGACUUCUGGAAGGGGUUGCUGUGUGCCCAAUUGUUUAUCUGUUUGGUCUACAUCUUCUUCGGUGCCUUUGUCUACAGCUUCUACGGUCAAUACUCCAUCUCCAACAUCUACAACGUUGUUGAGCCCAAAGGUCUACAAACAGCAGUUAAUAUAGUCUACUUUUUAACCUCCAUUAUUGCUUGCAUUCUCUACUUCAACAUCGGCAUGAAAUCUGUCUACCAGCAAGUCUUCAUGGAAAUUCUCAAUUUCCCUGAUAUCUCCACCAAACGCGGCCGCUUGCUGUGGUACGGUUUGGGCCCAGUUUACUGGAUAAUUGCCUUUGUUAUCGCCGCUGCCGUUCCCAAUCUAAGUGGAAUCUCCAGUAUGGUCGGCGCGGCUCUGAUUCUCAACUUCACUUACACCCUCCCGGGUGUUCUAUACGUUGGAUUUCGGUGUCAAAAAGACGCCGCGCUUCCGGGCGAGGGAUACGAUCCUGCGACUGGCGUAACAGUACACCACGAUUCCGGCAUGCAGCGGUACAUCCGUGGAUUCAAGAAGCACUGGGUGCUGAAUCUUUUCUGUAUCUUCUAUUUCUGUGGUGGAUUGGCAUGCUCUGGUAUGGGCAUGUGGGCUGCCAUUGAGGGCUUGAUUGAGGAGUUUGGACCGGGUGGUACGGUGGCUACGUCGUUUGGGUGUGCUGCACCUGUUUAGGGGGCGUACUCAGCUGCAGACAGGAGUUAUGCUCUAUUGGUGGAGCGUACCAUAUUCCUGGUUUUAGAUGGUGAUGAUGGUAUAUAUGUCUCUCAUCUCUGUAUAUGUCUGUGAUGGUGCCAUGUCCAUAUGUGUCUCGACAUGGAUGUGAUUGUAAUGUUAAUGCCAUGGUUUUCUAACAUGUGUCUAUAUCCACCCCAUUAUGAAAUUCAUCAAAUGAUUGUCAGUAUCUUGAUCUUGGAUUAUCUGAGCGUUGGUACUUAGCAGCAUUCUUCCCAUAGCCACAACUGGAGCGCGGAUGCUCUAUUGAGAAUGCCUUGGUGUGCGCUAAAUAUUUUUUCGCAGAUUCGCAGAUGGCAGAUAUCAGGCUUGGAGUAUAUUCGCGUCAACCACUGCAUUUAAAUACAAAC